AGUAUCUCAACGCUAGACGAAUGAACUGCAUGACUGAAGAAUACCGACAAGGACCAACCAGUAACUAUAGCAACACAACAGAGACUGCAGGGUGCUCAGCAGUUCAAACAAAACCCAGCUGGCUUUCGAAUUUGAUUCAGUGAGAAGUUAUCGUUAAUAAUGGACAUUUGGUUCCAUUAUUAGCUUGUUUGGUAGCUAAGUUGUUGUGGGUAACCACUGAAGACAAUUACUAGAAAGUUUCAAUUAAUGAGAUGUCAGUAGAAUAACGUAGCCUACCGCACGAGACGUUAACGUUACUUGCACUAGACUGCUAAACGUUCAGGCAGCUAAAAGCGCUACGGGGACUUAAUUGUUUUUUUUUUUUUUGUUUGUUUGUUUGUUUGUUUUGAGCUCAAUUUAACGACCAUUACUAAAUUACCUUGCUACAAAUAAACGUAAAUCAUCAUUCAAAGUCAAUGGAAUUGGACGGAGAAAACUCAAUAUUCACCUGCUCUUUAUCAGGAGAUAUCGAAGCUCUUCAAGGAUUGUUGGAGUAUAAAAGCAGUUCAAAUGUGGGUGAAACGCUUGACGUGUUCCAGGAAAAGGAUGAAUUUGGAAGAAAUGCCUUGUUUGUAUCCUGUAUGCUUGGCAGAAGCGAUAUCAUACGAGAACUACUUAGAUAUGGAGCCAGUGUAAAUGAACGCACGGUCAGGGGUUACUCCCCAUUACAUUAUGCUGCUCUCUGGGGUCAUCUUGACACCGUGAAAACAUUGGUGGAACUUGGUGCCAACUUGCAUGCACAAAACUUCCGCGGGGAGAGGGCUAAUGAGGUCGCGUGCCGCUAUUCCAAGAUCGCUUGUGCCGAGUAUCUCUCUUGGGCAGAAGCCAAGCAGAACUUGGAAGAAUACAUCACUCAAGCAAGAGAUGCAUUUUGUGACGAGAAAGCUCAAGGCAAACUCAACAAAGAAGAAAAGAACCUAUUCAUGAGUUCCUGCUCAGUAAAGGCAGAUUGGAUUCAGAAUGCAAAAAAUCCAUCAGUACAAGAUUUCACUGAGCAAAAGAAGCACCUGGAAAACAUUCUUAGCCCUCUUCUUGUUAAGCUCACAGCUCCAUCUGAAGCUACAACUAAAACCAGGAAACACUGAUUAUCUGGGAAAAUGCACUGACUUCUCCAGCAGGCCAUUAACACUUGUGUUUGGUGUGUCUGAAAUUGACCCAUUUAACUUUUAGUAAGAGGAAUGACACUUUUUGAGACGCAUUUCACAACGAGCAAAUAAACCAGUGUAAAUGUGGUUCUUGA